GCCCAGACGUGGACGCGCGUGGUGUCUCCGCAUGUGACGUAGGAUUUCUUGUGCAGGAGUGGGCGCUCGUCUCAGUCGGUGGGACUCGUGUGGGUGCGAUAAAGCUGGAGUGGGGGAUUUAAGGAUCACUUGUCCAACUCAACUAGUGAGCGGCCUCUUGAUCGUUUAGGAAUGUCGGGGACAACGAGGAAACGCAGACGACUGAGGAGACAGCGAUGGAGGAGAAGGAGGAAAAGAUGAUCAGUCCUGAGAAGGCAGAAGAGGCCAAGUUGAAGGCCAGAUACCCAAAUCUAGGGAAUAAACCUGGGGGCUCAGAUCUGCUUCGCAAACGCCUCCAAAAGGGGCAAAAGUACUUUGACUCAGGCGACUACAACAUGGCUAAAGCAAAGAUCAAGAACAAGCAAUUGCCAACUGCUGCACCAGAGAAGACUGAGAUCACAGGGGACCACAUCCCGACACCCCAGGACCUGCCCCAGAGGAAAACGUCCCUGGUGACCAGUAAACUGGCUGGCUGAUGCAUAUACAGCCCCUGCAGCACCUCCCAACCCUAACCCUCUCCACUCAAGUCUCAGAGCUGUAACAUUACUUCCCCCCCACCACCACCACAAUUUCACCUUCCUUUCCCCCGCUCCCCUCUAGCCUGGACCCUACCCAUCUGGAACCCACACCACCUGGCUACCAGAUACCUUCAAAAUUCUGUUUCUCUUUGUUUUGUUUUGUUUUUAUCCAUCUGUUUGUUUCUCUUCUGCUUUCUGUCCAGUUUUUGUCCUGCGCUGCUCCUCCAAACUAACCACCCUUCUGUCAAGGCCCUCUUUAGUUUCCAUGUUCCCUUUAUUUUCUCUGUACUUCCAUGUAUGAUACACUGAAAGACAGAUCAUCAAUGUGUGAUGGACCGGACUGUGAAGCCUCUGUGUGACUGAAGGAUGGCAGGUAGUUUACUGGUUGAAGAGAGAGGGGGCAAGCGGCUGAAGCUGCGCUUUGUAAAAUUCGGAGGGUUUUAGAGCGGUGAUCGGCAUCCCUCAGUUUGGACAUGUAUAUAUUUUCCUUUUAUUUGGCACAGGGUCAGACAUCAGCCUUUUAGAAACUUUUACAUUGGAUUCACAUCAUUCACUACAUUUCAUUACUCUUAAUUAUGCUGUCAAUAUGCUUGAGUGACUGAAUAUAAUAAUCCAGAGGCUCAGUUUUAUUAAUAUUUUGAGAAAUAUGGGAGGAGGGUGGGUCAUAUUAAAGACGAAGGCCAUAUGAAAAUGCAUGUGUGAAACAGGGCUCCCAAAGGCAAACCUCACUGAUUUUAACUCAUGAAGGUGCACUGACUGAACACAAACAUUACUGAGAACAUGCAGCAUCGAAACACGAGGUGAUAAAAGGGUUGGUGCAUUUAAGUCACCUCGGAACUAGAACAUGUUCACAGUUGGAGGAGAAAAAAGACAGAGGUCAGAUGCUGCUAUUCAUUCAGUAUCAAGUGAAUAAAGUGUGCACUCUGUUGGUCACAAACAAUGGCACCGUCCCUUCCUUUGGUCAGAUUUUCUAGUUCUGAGUUGUCAUGAAUGAAUCAUCACACUAGAAGAUGGGGUAGAGGAGUAUUUUGAGGUUGAAAGCUAAAUUCCUGUCGGUAGGGACCAGCCUCUGUGACCUGUAAAAAGAAAAAUUUGUGGGAAUAAGAAAUUCUGGGAGCAGCUCUUACCACUGGGAACAAAUAGUGUUAUAAAAUUGUGUGAAGGCUUGGUAAAACCCUCUAUGCUCAUAAGUUGAAGUAGUUUUAUGUUAAAAAUGUCCUCGGUCCUGGAUAGUGCUUUUCCAGGGCCCUUACUGACUGAAGUUUACCUGUGAUGUGGUAAAUCUAAGCUAGCACUACAUCCGUCGGAGCUGUGCAUGUGUAUGGCUGCCCUGCUGUCACUUUGUGCCAUUUUGUUUUGUAAAUAAAAUAGUUUUGCACAAAUGUA